UGCCAUCGGGCUCCGCAAUCCACUCACGUGUUACGUAACUGAUGGCCGUUUCGGCGUUCCCUGAUUAGUCUGAAAAUCGAACAGCGCGCGCGCAGUUUCCGCCCAUGGGGUCCGGGAAGAAAUUAUUUGUAAUUUUUGUGUGAUAUAAUAGAAAAAAAAAUUGUUAAGUGAUAUUUUUGUGGAUUAUUUUGGUUUAAGUAAAGAAAAAUAUAGAAAAAUGGGGCUUGAAAACGGCAGCAGUGUAACAGCGUACGAGGUCCGCACCUCCGAAGAUCUUGGGCGGUACAUUGUCGCGGCUCGUGACCUGUCUCCUGGCGACGUCGUGAUCAGUGAACGGCCCCUGGUCUUCGGACCCAAGGCGAUGCCCGACCCUGAGGCAAGCAUGCCUUGCGUCGGCUGUUAUAAGCCCGUGUUCACCGAUAUUGGAGAGAGAUGCUCUAAAUGCGGUUGGCCGGUGUGUUCAGGAAAUUGUCCAGGCCUGACGGACCCAAGACAUCACGGAGUGGAGUGCGACAUCCUCAGCGUGCGACCUGAAUGCGUGCUUGACAACAUGUCUGAUUAUUACAGACAUGAUGCUCUGUUACCGCUGCGAUGUCUGCUCCUACAGAAAACAGACCCUGAGAAAUGGAAGAAGCUUUUAGAGAUGCAGUCGCAUAUGGAAAGUAGAACACCAGGAACUCAGGCAUACGAUGAAGCAGAUGAGUUCAUAGUUGAAUAUCUAAUGAACAAUUUCAUCAGUAAACUAGAAGGAGAUCUCAAAAAAUACACACCAGAAGCAUCGUCAGAGCUACUUCAUAGGAUAUGCGGAAUAAUGGACACUAAUGCUUUGGAAAUACGACUUCAAGAAGGCGCAGAGCUCCUUGCUUUGUACGCAAAUACCUGUUUAAUAGAACACAGCUGUUUACCAAAUACAAAACAUACUUUCCUCCAAUCACCUAAAGAUAGAAAUGAUCUAUAUACCAUCACUGUAAAGGUGGUUAUUCCUAUAGCUAAAGAUGAACAUAUCGCUACGAUGUACAGCCAUGCUUUAUGGGGAACGCAAGCAAGGAGGCAACAUUUAAAGGACACGAAGUAUUUCUCUUGCAAAUGUCAAAGAUGUAGCGAUCCUACUGAAUUAGGAACGUAUUUGAGUGCUAUGAAAUGCCUUGGUGAAGAAAAGACGCCGUGUGAUGGAAUACAUUUACCAGAAGAUCCUUUGAAUGAAGAAACAGAUUGGGCUUGCAGCAAAUGUAGUGUGAAAAUCAGCAACUCUCAAGUCAACAUGAUUAUAUCGCAGAUGGGUGACGAAGUUGACAAUGUUCUGAUGAUGGGUGGCAAUGCUAUCAUGUUAGAGAAUCUUUUAUGUAGAUUGUCUAUGUUUUUACAUCCGAAUCAUUACCAUUUGUAUUCGAUAAAGCAUUCCCUGAUCCAGCUGUAUGGCAGACAACCGGCAUUGUCGUCCGUAGAAAUAUUGGACAGGAAAAUUAAAAUGUGCAAGGAAUUGAUUGCUAUCACUAAGAUUUUGGACCCUGGUAAUGCAAGAUUAAGCUUGUACAGCAGUGUUCUUCAACAUGAGUUGCAUUCAGCUUUGGUGAUGAAAUCUAAAAAAGCAAAUCCUGAUGGGACUCCUAAAUCUCUUGAAGAAAUAAAGCCACUAUUGAUUCAAGCUAAGGCGGCUAUUGAAGAUGCAAUCAGUUGCCUUAAAGAUGAUGACGAAGAAACUUCUGGACAAAAAUUAUCCGUCGUCAUUGAAGAAAGUAAAAAAGAUUUGGAAAAAUAUUGCAAAGAAAAAAAUAUUGUUCUUUGAGGUGUUUAUUAGGGUGUGUUAUAAGAUGGCUUAAAGCUAAUAUCACAGUCAUAUCUUUGAUUAAUGUGUUACAUUAUUCCCGUAAUUGUGACCCUUAAUAUUCCUUAUUACAAGCAUUUACAUUUUUAA